AUGGCCUGCUUGGUCUUGCCAAUUGCAAUGCUGAAAAAGAGGUGCAUGGGGUCACGGAUAGGCGGCUACCGGCAUUUAACCGAAGAGGGGUUCGGAGGGUUGGAGAAUCCGGUGACCGUGGUGGUCGGGAAGGAGAAGAGGGAGUUCUUGGUAGACCCUUUUGUGCUAGAAGAGAACCCGUUUCGGGUUUUGAUCGAGAUGAUGAACAAGGACAAGAAGAUGGUGGAUUUUAUUGAUCAUGAGAAUGGCAAGGGGAGGAUGGUUUUUGUGGAUGUUGAUGCUAUUCUUUUCGAGCAUAUGCUGUGGUUGAUGUAUAAUGAUUGUUCUUCUUUGUUCAAGCUCAAUCUUAAGGAGAUCAUCGACUUCUAUGCUCAAGAUAAUUAG